CUGUUUCAUUACUCUCCUCCACUCCACCCUCCCUCUGUUUCAUUACCACUUUUGGCAAAGGCUUGACAGACACAUUUUCGUCAGAAAUCAAACACUUAAAAGUUAAAACCCUAUAAAAUUUCAACAUUCUCAUAUUCUUCAUCUCUCCACUCAAAUCAAUCAAUUUCUUCUCGUAAUUGCUACAUUUUCUUCAAACAUAAAAAAUUCUUUUUUCUCCUAUUCUUGUUCCUUUUCUGUCCAGAAUUAUGUAAAUUUCUGCUGCCAGAAGAAGCUGUAGUUCGAUAUUUUUCUUCUUCACUUAUCGUAGGAAAACUGAAAAAACUUCAUCAAAUCAGCAUCAUCUUUUGCUUUUACAAUUCUGUUCACUUCCGAAAUUCCGAACAUUUGUGUUUGAAGGACAGAUAGUUUUGAAAAAUGAUUUGCGAAAGUGAAUGUCGCAGUUCUGAAGUAGCUUUCGACUCGAACGUAAUCGCUGGAGAAUUUCGGAAGAGCUCGAAGACUUCAUACACGAUAGGCGAAUUGUUGUCUUUAGCUGAAGUGAUUGUUACCAAGGAGUUACCUACUGAAUUUGAUCGGUCCAUCCUCAGUGAGCUGGAUGAUGCUUGCAAGUGUGCACCUGAGCACCAGAAACUGCCCAGUCAUGAAUCCACUGGCAGGACCUGGGGAGAUUCUAGUCACGAACCAAGUGAAAGACGGGUCUUUUGUAAGUUGAGCUCAAAAGAUAGUAAGUCAACAGAUGAUUCUUGGAAAACUUAUAGCAACCUAUCUCAACGUUCUUGGCAAAAGCCUGGGAAUACUGUCAUUUUAGGAUCAGUGCAAAACUCUGAACAUAAUGGCAUUCUGGGAAGCUGGUCUGAUUCGAAGUUACUAUCCACUGGAUCUGAAGUGUCAAAUCUAAAACUUCAAGGGACUGAUAGCUGUCUACUGAGUAGGUGCAAUGAACCAUAUCGUCCUCCCUGCUUCUAUAAGGCAAUGCACCAUUCAGUCACACAAAAUCCCAACACUACUAGCAAAGAAACAUCUGAAUAUGCUGAAAGCCUGAGUAAGGAGAGGGUAAUGGAGCAAAGAUGGAUCAAAGAUACUUGUCUAGUGCUGGAAGAUCAUUCAGCUGCAACAACAUUAAUCAGCAAGAAAAAUUCCCCGCCUCUCUCUCCUGUUGUUUCUGGAUCAGGUGAAACCCCCUGUUCUGCUGAGGAAGCUUCUGAAAAGUGUCUUACAGAAGAGUCUCCUGUCAAUCAGUGUCUCUCUCCAGCACAGGAUCCAGUGGUGCAAGAGUUUUCUUCUAAGAGGGAACUGAUUAGGAUGGAUCAUGGAGGGGUAAUUGAUGCAGAGAAGUCGCAAGGGCAUAAUUUUGAGGGAGGUCGGUUCUCUGCUCUUCUUAGUUUGGAAGAAGCAGAGGACAUUGAUGCUUACUUUCUUAAUGAGGCAAAUCUUGCAUCAAGGGACAGCUCUAGAGCUGUCCAGACUGCAAAGGAGGAUGAUAUGGGACUUCAAAUUUCACAGAAAAAAGAAUUGAGAACUGACUACUCUGCAAAGAGCAAAGAGACCCGGUUUGAUGACAUCCUACAAGUCGAUACUAUGGGGAAAACUGCUAGCAAUGCGUCAGCUGUGGACAUUCCUAUUGGCUCAGCAAGUUCUGUUGGACCAUAUAGAGCUUCUGGCUUACAAGCAACUUCUGCUGAUCAGGACUGGAAAGACAUAAAUGCUGCUGCCAAGGAGUUGCACAAAGCUCCAUUGACCUCUGGUCCAGAUCAAACUAAAGUUACAGCAAAUAUCUCUGACGGUUCGGAGAUUUGGCAGUCGUCCCAUUGCAUUAAGAAAUAUGGUAAAAUUUUCGAUGGCAGAGGUACCUGCAGAUCUGAUUCAAGAUUUAUAAAACGGUUUCCAGAUUAUGAUAAAUCUGAUUGUAACAUCUCAUCAGGGGAUGACAAGGAUGGGAGGAGAGUUCGGGGAGCAUCUACUGGAAAGUCGGUGCAGGAGAAUCUUUUAGGUCAAGGAAAACAAAAAGAGGCAUCAACUAAUGGUCAGAAAGCUUCAUUCAGCAAGAAAACAAAACCCGGUGUUUCGAAAUUUCCUGGCUCUCACUGUGUUGGGCGAAAAAAAUUCUAUCCUGAUGGGAUCACUCAUCAUUCUCGGAAUGGUCGAGAGGCAGAGUUGGAUAAAUUUGCUAAUCAAGAAUCUCUCAGUGCUUCUAAGGAAGUUCCUGGUUUUCAAAUAGCUGAUGAAACUGAUUCCAGGUUGGAACUCAAUCUGCCUGACGAGGAUAGUUUGAUCACUAUUGACGAGACUUGCAUCUUCGACCAAGACAAGCCAAAACUAUCUUCUGGGAUUUCUUUCAGAGGUCAAAGAAGCAUUUCUCCUUUUCACGGUCCAAACAAUUUGAUGAAAUCCAAAAGCCAUCAACAAAAAUUGAACCUGCAUGCUGACCCAUGGUUUUAUGAGUCUCAAAUGAAUUCCAGGAACUUAUUAGUCAAUCCUUUUGAUUCUCUGGCUCAUGUCAAUGCUCCACCCACCUUUCUUGAACCAUGGAGGAUUCAUCAUGAUGAUUAUAACCUAUUUGCUGCAGUUCCCUCUCCCUCUGGACAUCUGCCUAUGAAGUCACAGAACUAUGAACUAUCUGCUGAAAAUUUUCCCUCGCCUAGAAUGCCACAGGCUGAUGACUACUGUCGUGACCUUGAAAAAUUUCUCUCAGCUGAGCCAUUAAUCUAUCAUCAGCUACUUCAGAUUCCGUGUCGCAAUCAGGAGCCAAACGUGUUACAAAGUUUUCCUCUCAAUUAUGGGACAAAUGUAAAAGCAACCAUGGAUAUGGGAAAGAGAGGUCUUCUUGCUGAAAAGAGAAGCAACACUGCGAUCAGCCAGCAGGCCCAACACCUUCAGAUGCAAAGGAAGUUUGCGCAGUUGAAUCUUGAAGCAGCAGAACAAAGCGCUUACAGUAGAACAGUCAGCAACUUUUUCUGGUAAAGAUUCAUUAAUACAUAAGUAGCAGAGCUAUAGUAUUGCAUGAUUGAAAAAAUGUGUGUGAAUGUAAAAAUUGUCACAUUGGGGAUAGUGUAGAAUAGAAGGUUGUUACAGUCGAUAGGCUAUCAGUAUACAGUUCAUGCUUUCUGUUGGAGUGCGAAAUACGGGGAAAAAGGGAGGAGAACAUGGACUUGAUAAAAAUAGUUUGACAAAGUAGGAUCAUGUUCUGUAAAGAAAAUGUAAAGAGAACAAGUAUAGAAAGGAUUGAAAAAACGAAAGGUAUUAGGUUUAACUGUAAGUACCGCUUAUAUUCAUUAGCAAGUCUAUGGUACAUAACCCCAAAGAGAAUAUUCUCAAUGUCUUUUAGAAAAUUUAUAGGCAAAAUGGCAAAUCCCUCAGUUUUUGUUCAGAAUGCUCCUGUGUUUUUCGUAAUGCUUCAAACAAAGCAAUUGUUUACUUUGAAGGUCAAGUUCUAAGGUCUAAUUGCAUACUUCUUUUAAACCA